CUUCAAGACGGCACUUGGAGCAAACUCACUGGUGCAAACGCACAUCAAUUAUUCGUUGCAUGUCGUGUUCGGUUGCUAAAUCAUAUAAGGAUUCACUACAGUCUUGCUUGGCACACCAUCAUCACCUGCUGGCUGGGAGCAAUUUAGAGGAAGACAGACACAACAAGCUGGGGGGGUAAACCAGCAUCUGCAGUUCCCCCCCUACACAGUUAAAAGGAGCUAGUUUUAUUUAUUCCAACUAUCGAAGAUUAUCAAAUCAUUCUUGCAAACGCAAGAGACUAUCUCCAACCUUUCCACGGAUGUAGCCGGAUUUCAUCGCUACGAUAAAGCAGUCGUUCACUGCGUGUUUCUGGACUGUACAGCUGCAGUUUGGGCUUCUUUUAAAAACACUUUGCACCACCACAACACAGAACUAACAAACAAAAUGUCACGGUUUAGAAAGCAAGAUUACAAAAGGCAGGUGAGCGAGGAUCCAGAUAUUGAUAAUCUGUUGGCAGAUCUUUCUCCAGAGGAAAUGCAAGAGCUGCAGGUAGAAUUGGAGGUGAUGGAUCCUAAUUCCAGUGUCGCUAUCGGACUGAGGCAGAGGAAUCAGACGGACAAGCAGUCCACGGGAACGUAUGACCGAGAGGCAAUGCUUACCUACUGUGAGAAAUCCACCAAGAAACUGAUAGAGAGAGAGCAGUCUAUUGACGAAGGGAAAAGCCCCGAUGAUUCAUGCCAACAAGCCAAAGCAGAACAACCUGAAACUAAAGCAGUAAAAAAACUGGGCAAUGGUAGCACGAAACAAGGCGAGGAAAUGGCUAACACACGGGGAGAGAUCGAGAGGAAAGACAAGGAAAGUGGAAAGUCUGAAAGUACAAGUCACAUAGUUAAAAAUACCAAGGAGAGAGAAACUGGUGACAAGGCAAAGAGCAAAGAAGCAAAGAACGAGGAGCAGAAAAGAGAGGCGAUAGGAAUAGGCAAUGAAGAGAAUAGGACGAGCAAAGAGAUCAAAGAUAAAGGAGGAAAGCUCACCAAAGUGAGUGAAAAACCGAAGGAAAUUGCCAAUGAGGGAAAGAACAGCAACAUUAAAAGCGAGACCAAAGACUGUAAGGAGAAUGAAGUUUGCCCGAGUAAUCCAGUGACCAACUGUUCCACAGAUUUGACCAGAACAGGGAACCAGGAGGAGAAAAAAACAGCUAAAGUGCCCGAAGCACCGGCUACGGCUCCAACCAUCUACGAUGACUCGAUAGAGAAAGUUAAGAACAAUGAUCCUGCGGUAACCGAAGUAAACUUAAAUAAUGCAGAGAGAAUGAACAAUGAGAUCCUAAUACGAUUUGCUGAUGCUCUGAAAGAAAACACUGUGGUGAAAACCUUUAGCUUUGCCAACACUCACGCGGAUGAUCAUGUUGCAUUUGGCGUCGCUGGUGUGUUGAGGGUAAAUAAAAGUAUAGCCAACCUGAAUCUGGAAUCGAACUACAUCACCGGCAAAGGUGUCCUCGCCAUAAUGAGAGCUCUGCAGCAAAAUAACGUCCUGACAGAGUUCCGGUUCCACAACCAGCGACACAUCUUUGGGGGACGGGUCGAGAUGGAUAUCGCCAAACUCCUGAAGGAAAAUACCACACUCCUUAAGAUGGGCUACCACUUUGAGCUGGCAGGACCACGAAUGACUGUCACAAACCUACUGAGUCGAAACAUGGAUAAACAGAGGCAGAGACGCUUGCAAGAGCAAAGGCAGGGGCAAACGGGGGACAAGAAGCAAGGUCUGGAAGUCCCAAAGGCAAUCGGCGUGCAGAAAUCGCCAAAACCCUCUCCACAAUCUUCUCCAAAAAGUUCACCCUGGUCAUCCCCGAAACCAAGUCCAAAGAAGGCGGCAGCUCACACAGCUCCCCCUCCACCCCCACCGCCCCCACCGCCUCCUCCCCCGGGACUGCCCGACAACGCUAACACGGUGACACAGAACCACACGUUAUCAAACAAGAGGACUGUGGCAGGAAAUGGCCAGGGCACCAAGCUCAGAAAUUCCCUGACGCCCGUCUCGGAAAGAAAGUUGGAAAAUAGACCACCUGCUCGAGAGAGGAAUUCACGAGACCAGCUUCUGGCUUCAAUCCGACAGAGCGACUUGAAAAGCUUAAAGAAGGUUGAACUUCCAAAGUUGCUGCAGUAAGAAGAGGUACCAUUGCCUGAAGAUGAAGUUGCCCCAUUAAACCUUCCAAGACUCAGAAUUCUUGAAUAACUGAUGUUUCAACAUUAAUGUAAUUCUGAUGAUUUGAAGGACUUUUGCCGAUGUGUUACAGUUUGCCAUCUUGUGACAAAUGCUUUCUCAGAACACCUUUAAGCAAAUAUUGCUCAAUCUCUUAUUUCCAACAUCCUACAAAUUUUGAUUACUGUACAUUUCUGGCAAUUCUUGUUUUCUAUUGGACUAGAUUCUUUGAUAUCAGCUUAUUUUUAACGAUUAGAUAGAUCAAUAAAUCCUCAUCUCUGUUCUUUACAGUAUAUGUAUUUUACCACUGCUUUGAAUUCAUAUUUCUUGUAAAAUGCUUACCUUGACUUCAUUUAUAAGCAGAUAUCCUUUUUGUGAUUCCGUUUCAUCACAAUAAUUGUAAGUGAGGGUUUUAAACUCCCUCCUUGCAUAGAAUAAGGAAUUACUGAGCAUUUUACUCACUUCCUUCCCCCAGGUCUAUCAUGCAUCUUGAGCAAAACACAAAGUGCUGGAGGAACUCAGCUGGUCAGGCAGCAGCAGUGGAGGGUAUGGACAGGCGAUAUUUCGUGCCCUCAGUCUUUUUUGGAGUAGGGAAGUUGGAAAAGAGGUGUGGAGGCAGGACAAAGCCUGGCAAGUGAUAGGUGGAAACAAAGAACUGCAGAUGCUGGUUUAUACCAAAGAUAGACGCAAAGUGCUGGAAUAACUCAGUGGGUCAGGCAGCAUC